AAUAAUGAUUCUCUGGGGCCUUGGUAUCUCCUCUCAUUAUUACAUUUCCGUGUGAGCGAUUUGUUGACGACGUCCAGUGACGGUAAUUGUCGGAAUUACCUGGACUCCUUGGAGAUUGUCCCCAACUAUAAAUACAAGUUUCAUGUGAAUAAUAUCAUAGUCUUCCUCCUGCUGACAAACAUGAACGGCUUUUUGGUGGUUCUGAUCAUCACAGCGGUGACUGCUCAACAGGGCAUGCAGAUGCCGCCAAUGAUGGGGGGAAUGCGUGUUGGACAAUAUGAUGGAAUGGCUGGAGGUAUGCAAAGUGGCCGUGGGGGUGUUAUGAUGGGAUCAUAUGGGGCGAAGGACGACCAGGGAGGCAAUAUGGGAGGGAUGGAUGAUAUGAGACAGAUCAGUGCGAUGGGGCGAAUGAGACGAGUGUCUGAAGGUCUGAAUGGAAAGGCAACGAAAUCCGAGAGUUCCGAAGUAUCUGGAAAGUCUCUCGAAAGGAAUGAGACCUUGAAAAAUGACACAGCUCAUACCGUAACCCAUGUGAGUGACGUUCAACGAUUGAAUGACACCCUCCGUAACGACAGCAAUGGACGUCAGCUGCAGAUGCCAGAUGGUAAAGAAAAUAACACGACGAGUUCGAAGGGACAACAGACGACAGGGUCUCAAGGCAGACAUCGAAGACAGGCUACGAGUACUUCUAAGACAAUUGGCACCCUGGGAUACGAUGGUGGAGAUUACGGGGAUGAUUGGGACCACGGCGGUCAUGGAGGUCAUGGAGGCCAUGGCUGCGAUGGCAGUUGGGAUCACGGGCAUGGAAGCUGGUCAUCCUCGAAGAAAAAUUAAUCCCAGAGGGUCAAUGCCUAAACAAUACCACUACAAGAAUUUAAUCACGUUUUAUUAUUCAAUAUUCAUUGUCCAACUCCACUUACGAUGUCAAUAAAUGAAUUAAAAAAUUGUUGAACCCUGAUAAUAAUAAUUGUUCGUUAUU